CCAAUUUCACUGCUUACCCUAAACCUUUCGCAAUACCUUGUUUGGUAGGUUUUUAGUGUAUUUCAAGAACUAAAUUAAGUGUAUACAAAAUUAAAAGCUCAUUAGAUAUUUCAAACACCAUUGAAGCUUGUGAUUUUCAAUUAUAAUAAAUAGAAAAGUCCUAAAAUAAAACUUCCUUAGAAUGAGUUAUCCCCCUUAUGGCAGCGGUUAUCCACAGCAAGGCUAUCCCGCCCCUGGAGGAUAUGGUGGUGGACCAGGCUAUCCACAGCCUGGUGGUUACCCUGCUCCUGGUGGAGCUGGUAUGCCAACACCUGAGUCUGCAUCAGCUGCAGCUUAUGGAACACCUGGUGGUCUACCCUAUGCCCCACAGCCUGCUGGUGGUCCAGGCACUAUAGGAUUUAAUGUGGGAGGACCCAUGCCAGGUGGUCAAGGCUACCCAGGAGCCUACCCUUCAGCUCAGCCAUCUUAUCCAGCAGCACAGCCUGGAUAUCCUGCUCAACCAAGCUACCCACAACAGGGUGGAUACAAUCCUUCUCCAGCAUACAACCCACCACCUGGUGGUUUUGGUGCACCUACUCCUGCUUACGGUCAGGUGCAAGGCAGUGCACCUCCACAGUCUGCUGGCUAUGGGUCAUCACCUGGAUAUGGUGCUGCACCUGCUGCUGGAUAUGGAGCUCCAGGUGCCCAGCCAGGAGGGUACAGUGCACCCAGUGCAGGAGGAUAUGGAGCCCCACCUGCUGGUGGGUACGGUGCACCCUCUGCUGGUGGCUAUGGUGCACCCCCUGCUGGUGGCUAUGGUGCACCCCCUGGUGGCCAAACUGGUGGCCAGUAUGGUAGUUAUGGAGCACCCACAGGUGGAGCAAACUAUGGCAGUGUACCAGGCCCAGCUAAUUACCAAAUCUAUGAAGAAGGCACACUCAAGCCAUAUCCAAAUUUUAAUGUAGAACAAGAUGUCCAAGUUCUGAGGAAAGCAAUGAAAGGCUUUGGCACUGAUGAAAAAGCUAUUAUUGAUAUACUUGGCCACCGAUCCAACGCUCAGAGGCAGCAGAUCAAGCUUAUGUACAAAACAUGUUUUGGUCGUGACUUGGUCAAUGACUUAAAGAGUGAGCUAGGAGGACGCUUUGAAGAUGCUAGUGUGGCACUGAUGAUGAAGCCAGAUGAAUUUGAUGCCUAUGAAAUUCGCAGGGCAAUGAGAGGUGCUGGCACAGAUGAAGCAGCUUUGAUUGAAAUUCUAUGCACAAGAAACAAUGCACAGAUCCAUGCUUUGACUGCAGCUUACAAAACCAUGUAUGGUCGCAAGUUAGAGGAUGACAUCAUUAGUGAAACAUCAGGUCACUUCCGAAAACUUUUAGUCUCUAUGUCAGUGGGAGGAAGACAAGAAAAUAUGCCUGUGGAUAUUAACAAAGCCAGAACAGAUGCUCAGAGACUCUAUCAAGCUGGUGAGAAAAGAUGGGGCACAGAUGAAAAUACUUUUAACAUGAUCUUGGCCUCUCAAAGCUAUGAACAGUGUCGGGCUGUGUUUGAUGAGUAUGGUCGCCUGUCUAAGCAUGACAUUGAACAAGCAAUUAAGAACGAGAUGUCUGGAGAUUUGUCUACUGGCAUGUUGACCAUUGUGAGAAUGAUCAGAAGCAAGCAUGGAUAUUUUGCAGACAGACUGUACUAUUCGAUGAAGGGUAUGGGCACAGAUGAUAGAACUUUGAUUCGUAUCAUUGUGUCAAGGUGUGAAGUAGACAUGAAGCAAAUAAGGGAUGAGUUCCAGAGACGAUAUGGCAAGGGACUAGAUGCCUUUGUUAGGGGAGAUGUUUCAGGAGACUACAGGACUCUUAUGCUUGCUUUGAUAUCUGGAUAAAUGGGGGACUACCAUGAAUGACUGCUCAAGUGGGUUACAAGUUGUGAAAGAAAUGACAUCCCAGCAACACAUGGAGCUCUGCACACCUAGACUGAAACAUGUACACUCUGAUGAUCAUGUUGUUCUUAUGUUUGACUUAGAUUUAGUGUUUUUAACUUUUGUUAUUUGUGUGUUGAAAACAACCAGCUUUUAGAUCUUCUUUUUAGGAGGUUUGUUUGAUAGCUCAUUCACGCUAACAACCAGAACUUGGCUCUUCUUUUAGGGAGGGAGGUUUGAUAUUUUGUCUACCCUUGGUAGACAGGUAAAUAUUUACCUUUUUUUUUUUUGUUUAAAAAUACAAAUUAUUCAAUUAACAUAUGCAAUGUAAGAAUAAACUAAUCAUCCACAACAGUCUAAAUAUUGCUUACAUGCCAUAAUCUAUUUUUAAAAAAUCAACAAAUGAUCUUAACAUUUUUUUUAAAUUUAAAUAAAGAAAAAUCCCUAACUUUGAUUUUUAAAUGCUGCAUCUUGUAAUUGACAGAUAUGUAACUUUGAGAGAAGAUGACAUUACUAUUUUAUGCUGUGUUUGUUUUGCUUUAUUCUACUUUUCCUUUUUCUUGAAGUCCUGCUUUCAAUAAAUGUCUUAUUUCAACUGAAAUGUAUGCCAUACAAUAUUGUUUGUUUUAUAAUCUGUAGCAUGUAUCAUACAGAAACAUUUUCAACAAGGUAUUUUUAAAAAAUUAUUUUAUUGAAGUUCUACAUUUAUAACCUGUAUAUUGACGUAUAUACUCUUGUUAGUGUGUGUGUUAUAUGUAUAUUCAUAUUGUUUGUUGUUUUAUUGAUUUGUCAACCUUGGCUCAGCCUAAAUGCCAAAUUGAUUCUAACUACAAAUAAUAUUUAUUUAUGCAUUUUACUAAAUACUUCUUAAAAUUUAUAUUUCUAAUGCCUGUAGAUCACAAGAAGCUUAUUAUAUACCAGCAAACAAAUUACGUUGUGUAUGAAAUGUCAUCAAGUUCAACAUUCACUAUAAAUUACUAAGAUCUGAUUUUGUUCUACACUUAACUUUGCAGGUGUUUGAGCUGUAAAAGUUGUUGACAAAUUUUGUUUCGUUAUUAGAAAACUUUUUUUUUGUUUUGAAAGCUGCUUUGUUGUUUGUUUGAUAUUCUGUUGUUUUUACUGUAUUCAAUAUACUAUUGCACUUUUUUAAUAACCAAAUUUGAUUAUCUUUAUGAGAAAAUAAAAUUAGCCAUUAUAACUUAGACUAGUAAUGUUAAAACCUUGUUUCAUCAUUAUAAAUCUUUUGAUGCAUAUUAUCAUACUUAUUAUUGUAUUGGAAACCAUUAGUAUCUGCUCUAGAUUGAUAAUAAUAAUUCAAAAAUAUUGACUAUGUUAUCAGACUGAAUAGAAAAAUAAAUGUUUUUCUUUUAUUCUACUAUCAGUUUGUUUGAAAUGACUGUCAGAGUUGAUCAUUUCUUCCUAUGUGUAGAUCUUCUUUUUCUAUGCUGUGGUGUAUGGAGAUUCUUCAAAUCUUUAAAGAUUUGAUCUUACUAGUUGUUAUUAUUUUUUUGCCAAGUGUCAUUUCUUCUGGUUCUGGUAAUUUUUUCAUUCAAAUUGUAAAUGUCUUUCUUUUUCGUAGUAAUUGUAAAGUAGCAAUGGUUAAUGAUUUUCAGAACAUUUUUUUUAACAUCAAAGCGAGUCAACUUUUUUUUUUGCUUUUCAUGCAAAUGUUUAAUGUCUCAGUUCUAUACUUCAUAUAGCAAAGAUGUCUACAUUAUAUCUUAGUCUGUUUCAUUGGAAUAUUCAUAUUCUGAUAUUGUUAAGAUUUGGUUUCCAAUAAUGACUUCAGCAUACAAUAUAUAACAUUGCUUGAGUAGAUGUAAAGAUUAAUGUAACUCUAUAUUUAUAUACUUUAUGUUUCUUGAAUACAAUAUGAUUUUGAAUGUAAUUGCUCAUUUAUUUGGUUUCAUUUACAUAUCAUUAUUUAUAUCAUUAUUUAGCCAUAAGUUCAAGUCCUUUAGGUUUUGUCAUCACAUUGAACCUACUCCUCAUGGACUUUUGUUGUUGAAAUAGGCCAGCCUAAGAGAAUGGUUGUGUUCAACUAAAGCUCUUCAGAAUUUAAUUUUCACAGUUGUUGUUUUCAUUGCAAAAUUUCACUUAAGGGGUUACUGGAUCCGAUUUUGGGUAAAAAAAUCGAUUUUUCAAUUUUGGUGUAAUUAAAUAGGUGGACAUGUAUUUUAUAAACUGGCACCAAAAAUUUUCUAAAAAAUAGCAUUUUUUAUCGAAAAAAAGCAUUUUAAUGAUGCGUGGUGAACACUAUUUUCCAUAUUUUUCUUAUUACAAAUUCACUGUUUUUGAGUGAAUGCAUUUUUUGUGACCCCCCCUGUAACAUAUUUCUAAAAUCUCUAGAACUAAUAGAGAUAAAUGUGUCAAAUUUGGUACACAUAUUCAGAGAUAAAUAAUACAGAGAAUCAGCUAGUUUUAAUGACUUUAGCUGAAGAAGUUUUUAAUAUAUGAUCUUUUGGGAAAAAAAAUGUGGAUGCAUGUUACAGGAAAAAAAUCACCCUUUUUUAAAAAAUCAUAAAAUGCACAGUACUAAGGGAAAAUGUAUAAAAUCUAGCUAGCUCCUUCCAGCCACCUUUAUACUUUAAGGUGUAAGUAUUUUUAGCUUUGAAAUUUAUCUAUUUUGAAAAAUUUUAGAAUUUUCCUAUAUGAACUAAUUUUUGUUUAUUUUCAAGAUGGCUGCCGUUACCAUGGCAACCCGGAAACAUUAGACAACAUUCAAUAUAUAUUUUUUAUUAUUGAGUUGUCAUAUGAUAUAAUAUAACAAUAGUUAUUAAGUUAAAGCAAAAAUAAAAAAAAUAAAUUUCACUAUCCAGUAACCCCUUAACAAAUUGCCAGUGGUAACCUUAGGCCAUUUCAUUUUAUUUUAAUUUUUUUGGAAACAUCUAAAUGUCCAACCAAAUUUAUAGCAAGCCCUCCCAAGUUCUUUACAUUUUUUUUUAUCAUUUUAUUUUUUUUUAGUUGUGUUGAUAAUAUUGCUAGAAAACAGUAAUCAUGGGUCUUCAUUUGUAUUAUUUCUUUUGUCAUUUUUUUUUCUAUAUUUGUUCACUAAUAAAAAUAUAAUAAAAAAAAACAUUUGUAUAAAACAA